UUGAAGAAAUUCCGCGCAAUGAGACACACGAUCGCCCUAAAGUUGCUCCCAAGUUUGCUGGUGCAGGAGGUACUGGCAGCUCAGGAGCCAUCGGUAUCCGGCUGGAGCUUCACACUGGAAUCCAUCCCCACCAAAGUGCUGAUCUUCGCCAGCGUGGUCCUGAUCACUCUCACUUGGACAGGCUGCGCCUACUUCAUGGCCAAUCGGCAUCAGAAGGCGGUCCAGCAUCUCCAGAGCCAACUCGACGAGCUGUGGUUGCUGCAGGCGAAGCCCUCCGUUUGGCCCCAUGCUCCCUUCAUCCCGAAUGCCCGGGAGCAGAAUCCGAAGGAGUAUAUUCCACCCAAGGAUGCGCAGGAGCAGGAACAGGAGGCCAUUGAGGCGCGGGACAGGGCAGAAAAAGCCAGGGCCUUUUUGGAGACCAGGAGCACAGAUAAAGAGUGAGAAGAAAGCAAUUUCUUUUAUGUGAAACUAGGAGGAUUUAUGAAUUACUACCUUGCACAUGUAUUAAACAGCUAAUUACACUGAGAACAUACACGAA